CACACACACACACACACUCACACGCACACACACACACACAGACGCCCUUGCAGUAAGUGAAAAUGAAACUUAAGGAAAAGCAGAAUCCCACAGGAGGUAAGAGACACGGAGCUCGUCGACUGGUUGGAACAUUUCACUCUUCGGUGAUUUCUCUUCUAAAAACAUGGGCAUGUCAAACAGCACGAGAAUUGCCAUCCUGGGAAAAACUGGAGUUGGGAAAAGCAGCGUGGCUAACACCAUAUUUGGAGGACAAGGGUUCAAGAUCGGACACACUGUGAACUCUGAAACCAAAAAAUGUCAAGCAGUAACUAAAUCUGUCAAUGGAGGAAACAUCACUUUGAUUGACACUCCUGGUUUCUUCGACACAGAUCGAUCUGAGGAGGAGCUGAAGUCUGAAAUAGUGAGGUGCAUCACAGAGUUCGCUCCUGGGCCUCAUGCCUUUCUCAUUGUGCUCAAAGUGGAGAGAUUCACAAAGCACGAGCAGGCUGCCAUCAUUGAAAUACAACAGUACUUUUCUGAAGAAUUUUUCCAGUAUGCGACAGUCCUCUUUACUCAUGGUGACCAGCUCCCUAAAGGACAGACCAUUAAGGACUUUGUCCGUCAUAAUAAGCAUGUGACUGAUCUGGUGACAAAGUGUGGAGGCCGCUGCCACGUCAUUGAUAAUACAUACUGGGAGAACAACCAGCAGGAUGAAUACAGGAACAACCAGGUCCAGGUGAAGGAGCUCCUCAAGACAAUAGAUGAGAUGGUUGAGGCAAACGAAGGAAGAUGCUACACCAAUGAGAUGCUACAAGCAGUGGAGGAAAGAAUAAUGCAGCAGGAGCAACUCAUUAAACAGACAGCAGGAAACAAGUCAGAGGGAGAGAUCAGAGAGGAGGCGAAAGAGAACGUAUUUACGUGGCUUUGGAACAAACUUUCUGGUUUCUUAUCAGGUAAAUUGUUGGGAGCUUUGUUGGGUCUAUCAGAGAUGGUGAAAGAUGUUAUCAAAGCUUUAACAGGAGGAGCUGGAAUGACAGACGUCACAGUAGGAAGGGCAGUUGGUGCUGCUCUAUGAGCGGUGCAAGGAUAAAAAUGGUUAACCCAUUCAGUAGCAAAUUUGAUCAGAGCUCUUUUUGGUAUCGCAAUUGUCGAGUAGCUUCAUUUGGUUUCAUAGGCUGGGCUUUCUUUAGCCAAGUUUGAAAUUAAACCUGUAAUGAGUUAUGACUCUUGAAGAGUAUGACUGAAAAGUAAUCUCUUAAAUAAGUUCCAUGACAAUCUUGUUCUAAACAAUAUUUAACCACUGAAAUUAAUGUUUAGUAUAUGUAAUAUGUAAUACAUUGUACUCAUUGGUUUGUUGAGGUAUCCACCAAAAAUGCCCGAGACACACCACAACUAUGAACCUAUUUCUCUAUUCUUCUGUUAAGAUAAUUGAUUCAUAAUUGAUUAAUUGGCUUAUUAAAUUGAACACACUGUGGUACUGCUUUGUACUGCAGGUGAACAAAAGAAACCUUUUUACUUAAUAUGAAACAUGGCUUUUGAAAACUACAGCCAUAGGAAGUGUGAUCUUAAAGUGUAAUUUACUUUUUAUUCAUAUGAUUUAUCCUGCUUUAAUUGUAUUUCUCUUUGAUGAUUUACGAUGUCUUUCUUUUUAUUGAGCUAAGAUUGUUUUGGGCUCAUAUAUAAAUAUAUUCUUCACAUACAUUCUCAUAUUAUUUAGUGUAAAUUGAAUGAUGUACCAAUAUGUAAUCACAUGUUCUUCUUUGUUGACUGAAUGAUAAGAAGAGGUAAAUAUGUGAACAUUGCUUCACCUCAUAAUCUUGAAGGUUUUAUUGUGAAUGUAAUCUUUUGACAUUUUGUCUUUUCUUUUACUUAAUUAUUUACAUGAUUCAUAUUUGUAACCAUUUAUCUUCCUUUCAUUGCACAAAACAAAUAAAACUGGUUUGUAUUCUGUACAUUCCAACCAAA